AUGUUAAUGGUUGUCGUAAGCACAGCUUUUGCUGAACAAUCUUAUGAAGGGCAGAUAAUUGUUUCCUGGACGGAGCCGCAAAAGUUUUGCGGUAAAGUUUUACCGGAUUUGGUGUGGUCCAUUUGUCCUCAUCAUAACGAAGAUGACAAAAUCCGUGAGUCUAUAAGAUUACCAACUAUUUGUUAAAUUAAUUAAACACAUUAUUAUAAAAUGAAAGAAUUGUUCAAUGUUAUAUAUAUCUUUUUAAAUUUUUUUUAAAAUGUAUAUGAUUUCAGCUGAGCAAUUUAGGAAUAAACCCAAAGGAAAAGGAAUAGCAACAGAUUGUUGCAUAAAUGGAUGCACUCCAUUACAUGUAUUGGAGAACUAUUGUAUUAAUUCACUCAGGUAUUUUUUUCAGCCAUUUAUAAUAAUAUUCACAUGGUUAUAUGAUAAUCAAAUUUAAAUUAUUUUAAUAUUAAGAUCUUGAAAUAUUUUAACGUAAUUACCACAGUGGCACCAAAUGAAAUUUAAAUACGCAGUUGAAAUAAUAAUAAUCUUUAUUGAAACAAUAACGUUGCACAUAACUUAUAAUUCUAGGGUUUGAGUCAAGAAGGGCCAAUUUUACUAUUAAUCAAUUUUGGGAAAUUAAGAAUAAAACGCAAUUUUGGGGCUACAUUGCCGGCAAUGAAUAAAGAAAUUGCAAUACAUUUUGUUUAAAAUUAGAAGGAUAUUUACUAGUUAAUAGAGAUUGAUUUAGACCAUUUUUUUAGUACAUGGUUUGAUAAGCCAUUUUUAUAAAAAUAAUUACAAUAUUUAAUUUAACCUACUGGUUCUAUAAUUUUCUCACUAUUAAUUGGUUUAAAACAUACUUUUAUAGACUAAUAAAAUAUACUUAAUAAUAUAAUUAUUAUUAACUAUUACCAAAAUUAAUUACGAGUAAUACCUUCUUAUAAUAAUCAUAUAUUCAUAUUAAAUUGCUCAAGCAAUAGUUCACUAUUAACACAUUCCAAGUAGAUAGAUAUUGUAUCCAUAUUAUAUUUAAUAUUUAGGCGUAUCAUUUCAAAUGCACUUUAACAAUAAGAAAAAAAAAUAGAAAACUUCUAUACAAUUUUAGUCAUAUUAUAUUACCAUUAAUUAAAAUACAUACAAAUAGUAACAUUUCUGGUCCUCUAUUGGGUAGGAGCGAACCUAGCUGUAAUUAUAACUGCAGUAAUGUUUUUAAUACAUUUAUCUUAGGUGGGUGGAAGAAAGUGAUUACAUCUUAUUAAUCCAUCUUGUCACAUACCUAUAGUUAUUUAUCUAAUAUUAUAUAACAAUUAUUUAUAGAGCGGACACUACUAAAAACACUUUGACAAUUUAUCGCAGCUAUAGUAGACCUUCAGAACUGCCUAUAGUUAAAAAUAUACAGCCGAAUUUUAAUACUACCACACAACUUUCGAACUCAAAUACAACUACUAAUAUAGAAUCUUCGUAUUCGGGUAAGUAUACCUGUUUGAAAUAACUAAUAAACAUCAUAUUAUUAAUAAUAUAUACAAUUUAUAGGCCCAAGCAUUAAUGAGCAGCCGAAUUUCAAAACGACCACACAACCUUCCCCCUUGACCAUGAAAACCAUACAAACAUCUACAACUACAAUUCCAACUACCAUUACAACUACUACAAACAAAAUGUAUAAUGUACCUACUAUAGAAUCUUUGUAUUGGGGUAAGUGUACUUGUUUGAAAUAACUUACUUAUAAAUUAAUUUAAUUUAUGACUUGUGGUUAUAAAUUAUUAUAUUUUACUAUAGUACCUAAGUGUGAAAUCGAACCUUUCUGUACAAAGAUCCGAAAUAAAAAAUGUAUUAAAAUAUUCAUAGGUAACCUACUAACCCAUCCUAAAUUAUUUAGGUAAACAAUCUGCAUUCUAUAAUAAUUGUUGUUAAAUAAUAUUCCUGAGGUAUAGUAUUCUAAUGUACAUUUAUUGUACUGAAAUAACUGACCAAAUAAUUUUAUCUGAGUUUCUCUUUUUGUAAUGAGCUAUCAUUAGAUUAUUAUUUAUUUAAAUUUCAAAGUGUAGGGAUCGAGGGAUCCAUUGGUUUUAUUAUGAAGUAUGCUUUUUAGAUGUACAGCAAGGGAUAUGUUUUGGUUUUACUAUAAUGUAUGUGCGUUUUUUUUUUGUGACUGUGAACAACUUUACUGUUAGAAAGCUUGCUAGUAUAUACCAAGCACCUUUUAUAUAACUUUUUAAUUUUCUCUUAAUAAAAAUUACGUAAAAAAAAAUUUAAAAAUUAAAAGUUUAUAAAUAGCUCAAAAAUAGCUUAACUGUUUUGAAAUCACCACUAGAAAAAGCAAUUACAAGUAUUUUAUCAAAAUUUCAAGUCUUUAGAAAUAUUUUAAACAGAAUUGCAACAAAAAACGAAAUUGAAAAUAAUAAAAGCAUUAUUUGAUAUAAAUAAAUUCUCACUUUCUUACUCCAUAUUUUUUCGGUUUUGCUCAAUUAUUAUUACAAAAGACAUCCUAGGAUAAUGGGAACGGGUGCAGCCACUGUUAUAAGUAAUUGAAUAUAUACUUGUAAGCAACGAUAUCUAUAAAACAUUGCUUAUUAUGUAUAUUAUUAGCUUUAUAUAUAACUUAUUAUAAAUAAUAUUAUUAUCAUUUUUAGAAUCGCGUGAAAAGGGUAGCGCCUGCAGUCCAUGUGAAUGAGACUACAAAGGGCCUCAAAACCUAACUACAGUAUCUUUGCAGUGGAUACACCUCUGCAGAGUAUUAUCAUUCAGGGGUUUGUAUAUUAUUUGAUUAGUAAUUGGUUUGGAAUAAAAUAGUAUUUAAAAAUGUAUUUAUUUUUUUUUUUUUGGUAUUUUUAUCAACUACAUAAUAACCAGAAAUCAAAUUUCAAAAUUUGUACGCUUCUAUGAAAAAAAAAAAAUGGAUAAUAUUUUAACCUUUUUCAAUAUAAUUGGAUAGGUAUAAUAUAAAUAUGAAAACUAUAUGUGCGUCAUAUAUUAUAAUUUAUAUGACAACAAAAAUAUUAUUUAAGUAAUUAAAAAUUAUCGGUAUUUCUAUAAUCAUAAAUGGGGGGAAACCAAUGUAGUAACAUCAUUCAUAAAUCUGAUUAUAAACAAUAAGAUAACUUAUAAUAGUUUUUUUUUUACAAUAAUAAUAAUAAGAAUACAUAAAUAUAAAUUUUUUAAACUGUAUGUAAAAGUCAUUAAAACUGUUUGGGGUUUAAAAAUGUUUGAUAAACUUUAAAAUGGACCUACAUAGAAAUUAAUUGGUGGUCCCCAUCUAUAUUGUUGGUUUGAAUUGCAUAUUUAAUAUGUGAAGUUAAAUUUAGAUACAAUUGUAUAUACAAAUAUUAAAUUUUGACUCUCUAAUUUGUUUAAUGUGACUUAUAACUACAUUAUUAACUUUAACUUUUAAUAAUUAUAUAGUUUUUAAAGUACCUAUAGAUAAAGUUUGACAGUAUCUUUGAUACAAUUAUCUUAAAUCUUAAAUAUGUAUCUUAGUUAUAAUAAUGUAGUUUGUAUUGUUGUAUAGCGAUAUCUAUACUUCCGAAAAAUAUUGAUUAUCAUAUUGCUGAAAUCAAUGUAUCUAUUAUUGAGUAUCUUUAUACAAGUUUUGAACGUUUUGAAGUAAUUUGCUCAUAG